AUCACGAUGGCGAGACUUGCGUGGUUCCUCAAUUUGGUUGCAUUUGUGUUUGUUACUGUUAAUGCAGGUGAAACCACCAUCGACUUCAGACCUGAACGCCAAUCAGACCCAAAAAUAUUUGGCGUCGCCUCCAUCGCAAGAGUCACCUCUAGAAACGGUCGUAUAUCCACCUCAGGAGGCGUCCACUUUUAUCCUGGACCUGGCCCCAACACAGCCAAAGAGUUCUACAAGCUCUACAACCCUGCCACAUCACUCAAAGCAAUCAAUGGCAAAUAUGGAAGCAGUAUUCAAAUUCACCCAGGCGCUUUAGGCGUUUCUUCCGCUCUUACCUCUUCUAUUGGGCCUGCUUAUUGGCCUAUGGACUGGAGGCAAUGGCAGUGGCCGAUGCAGAACCAGUAUCUGUUUGAAGACCCGUGGAGGGUGAAGGAGUUACCAGAAGCAAAAAUGAGAGAGUUUGUGUAUCCUAGUUUUAACCCGUUCUUUAAUUUUUGGCGAUGAUUAAAUUAGUCUGUCUACAUUUUAUCGUUUUAUUUUG